GGCGUCGGCGGCUCGGCUGGCUCGGGCUGGGAGCGCGCGGCGAGGGCGCGGCGGGGGCGGGCGGGCGCCGCCAUUUUGCAGGAAGAGGGGCAUCCGGGCCUGUCGGCGAGAGGAGAGCGGCGUCUGCCAUGGCCAAUGUGCUCUGUAACAGAGCAAGAUUGGUCACCUACCUCCCAGGGUUUUAUUCCUUAGUCAAAAGAGUUGUAAAUCCCAAGGCUUUUUCCACAGCAGGUUCCUCUGGCUCAGAUGAGCCUCAUGUGGCUGCUGCACCUCCUGAUUUAUGUCCCAGGACUGUGUGGCCAGAUGAAGUGAUGGGUCCCUUUGGACCUCAGGAUCAGAGAUUCCAGCUGCCUGGGAACAUUGGCUUUGACUGUCACCUCAAUGGCACCGAUUCCCAGAGGAAAAACCAAGUUCCCAAGAGUCUCCCCGAUAUUUUAGCAGAGCCUUCAGCCAGUGAGAGGCAUGAAUUUGUGAUGGCACAAUACAUCAAUGAGUUCCAGGGUGCUGGUGCUCCCCAGAAGCAGCAAAUAAAUAAUGCUGAAACCUACUUUGAAAAUGCCAAGGUGGAAUGUGCAGUCCAGGCUUGUCCUGAGCUCCUACGAAAAGACUUUGAAUCCAUGUUCCCAGAGGUGAGUCCCAACCGCCUGACUGUGUUAACUGUCACCCAGAAGACCAAAAAUGACAUGACUGUGUGGAGCCAAGAAGUGGAGGAUGAGAGAGAGAUGCUCGUAGAAAAUUUCAUUAAUGGUGCCAAGGAAAUUUGCUAUGCAAUUUCUUCUGAGGGCUACUGGGCUGAUUUCAUUGAUCCAUCCUCAGGACUGGCAUUUUUCGGGCCUUACACCAACAACACCCUGUUCGAGACGGACGAGCGUUACAGGCACUUGGGAUUUUCCGUGGACGACCUCGGCUGCUGCAAAGUCAUCCGGCACAACCUCUGGGGCACCCACGUGCUGGUGGGGAGCAUCUUCACCAACGCCGAGCCCGACAGCCCCAUCAUGAGGAAACUCAGUGGCAAUUAAAGCCCUUUGCACCCUUUGACUCGAUGAUCCUCUCCAAGGAAAUGCCACGUUUUCAAGUGUUCUUAGGUAAUAAAGUAGCUGUUAUUUAUUCUCAGUCUUUGUGUUCACCGCACGUGACUUGGAAAGAUGAAUUGGCGGCGUCCAAACAGAUCCUUUUGUGCCACACGAGUUUCCAGCUGUGAGUUUCCUUCAUCUUAAAUGAGUUUAAGUAUACAAGGACAUAGUUAUCUGCAUUUCCUUUUUUAAUUUUAUCACACAAGCCACACUUCUCAAUUGUUUUGUCUUUCAGUGUCCAACAAAUCUGCUUAGUAAUAAAAAUCCUGAUGCCACUGAAAUUUCUAGGAAUUCUGCCACUUACUGAAAUGAGUAAGUGGCGAAAAAAAGAGUGGAAUAAGCAAUAAAAUUGUGCUCCCAGAAUAUAAAAUUUUAUAAAAACUACAGAAGUUAGUGCUGGACUAAUCACUUACUCAGUGUUUUAAAAUGAGAAUAUUGAGAUAAGCUCUAAAUACAAGUAAUACUUUAGUAAGGAAGUGUUCACUCAACUGCUACAUCCACAGACUCCAUAAAAAGUCUUAAAUUACUCUAAAAUCAGUCAUCUCUUAUUGUUUUUUUUUUUUUGUCUUCAUGGUGCUUGGGAUUUAUUUUCUCAAUGUUAGCUAAAUAUAUUUAAUUAGUUUAUAUAUAUAAAGGUAAUUUAAAGUUGCUUUUGUAACUUUCUUAGGUCAUUAAAUACAGGAGGG